AUGCCGAUGAGUGCCAUUCGAACGAAUUCACCGUGCGCACCCUUUCGCUCCCUUUUGGUAGCAGUUGCGCAUGCCUCUGCAGCAGCUUCUCGCUGUCUGAUCAGUCCCGGGGCUUCCGUCGCAGCAUGGUAGAGUACAAGUGCCGCCCCUGUCAAGCCUCGACCUAUUUGGAUCUUGACAGAUAACAGGAAGUAGGAGGAAACAAUUUUAUAUUUUAAAAGCACUGAUAUCGAGCUUGAGAGGGGGAUCAGGUCUCUGACAUCGUUAAUCAAUACUUUUUGUCAUUUGCGAUGGAUUGGUGAACUGAUUCGUGGUUGCGAUCGCGGAGGGGUAGACAAUCGGAGGAUGUGUGUCAGGAAAAGUAUGCUUCGAUCGGUUGUUCGGAAAGCAUCACAAUAGAACAGAACCCUUGGUUGGGACCUGUACGAGAAAGUCGUAGGCGAUUGUUGCAGCGGGCUCGACGAGAUGAACAACGGGUUGUUGACGGAGCGUGCGCUCCUCGGGCUGUUCAACAGCUCGUCGUACAUCACCUUCGGCACUGCCGAGGAUCCCUUCUCUUACCCGCACGUCAAUGAGGAGCGGAGCAACUACAAGGGCAAGCAGCUCGCGCUCCCUACCGCGAAGAAGGGCAUGCAACCCAAUGGCACCAACCAUAUCUUCUUCCAGCAGGAGCAUCCAUGGGUCUUCGAUGGUUGCCCAUACGUGGACAAGAACAUGUAUCUGGAGAGCCAACCGGAGAGGCACAAGGGCUUCCUGAGCUCGGACUUUAGCAAGACGGACGAAUUCGGCAACACCAUUCGGACGGAGCAGUACCGAGACCAGCUCAAGAAAGACAAGUAUUUUGCCAAGAAGGGGUUGGAUUCUAUGGCAACCAAAAUUCAAGAAAUGGCAGCCAAAUAUCCAGAGAUUGGGAAGAGAAUUCCUACCAAAUUUGAUGGGCCAGAAUUUGUAUAUGAUGUGGGUAAGGCGGGCUUGUGUACCACAACUCAUUGCCAUAAGUGCCAUAAGCAAACAUACUAUUGCCCGCACCGGAUUGCAUAUUGCAACAACAACCCAUACAUGAAGAAGGAAAGUGGUGACUACUGCAGCUCAAGUGACACCAUUGGAAGCACAGCUUGGGGUGCCAACUAUGCAAAACCUGCCCAUGCCCGCAAGCCCCUCAUUAGGGACACAUUCUACCGGCGUUGCAACGUCUUCUUUCCCAAGAAACAACCCACUGGAUUUAUUGAAAGCAUAUAAACAAUUUUUUUAAAAAAAAAUUUGUGUGUUUUAAAUUUUUUUUUAGCCUUGUUUUUUUGUAAAAAUCAUUUUAUACUGAAAAAGAAUCCUGUACAUCAAGGAUUGUGUUCAUGGUUUCUGGAAUAUCAAUUGAAUGAAACAAAAAAAUUAUACCAUUUACAUGCAA